GGUACAAACCAAACGGCCAUGAGUGACGACGGGUGGCCCAGAGGCCAAGAUGGUGAUGACGAUUCCAGCGGUGAAGACACACCAGAGAUCACAAAUAUUAAGAGAAGGAUUCAUCAAGCACUACGCUCAAUUGACUCAAAGGGCGACUUUGCCUGUUUCCGCAGCCUAAAUGGGAUCCUUGACCCAAACCUCCAUAUCCAUGGCCUAGACCGGGUGGUGAAGCUGCCACUGUGCCCCGACGAUACCAACGCCAUUAUCGAUGUCUGUCAUAGAAGUCCGUUCGGAAAGGGUGAAGAGACGCUAGUCGACACCUCUGUGCGGAAAUGCUGGGAGCUCAAUACCACCGAGUUCGACAUCAAGGCUCCCGGGUGGGCCAACUACAUGAAGAAGAUUGUCGCUGACGUCGGCAAGGGGCUGGGUGUUGCCGAUAAGGUGAGCUCGAUCAGAGCAGACCCUUACAAGCUUCUAAUCUACGAAAAGGACGCAUUCUUCCUAUCCCAUCAAGACUCUCCAAAAGCAGAUGGGAUGUUUGCUACUUUGGUCGUCUGCUUGCCUACAAAACAUGAAGGAGGUGAAAUUUUUCUCAACCAUCAAGGCAAGAGCAUGCAGUUCAAAACAUCCACCACAUCAAUAGCCGGAUUCUCAUAUGCUGCAUGGUAUUCGGAUGUCUUCCACGAGAUCAAACCCAUCACCACUGGACAUCGUCUUGUCCUAACCUACAAUUUGAUUCUCGAAGGUACGGACAAUGUACCGUCUGCUCCUAGCUCAGAGUCUAAAGCAUUGAGAAAUGUGUUAAAAUUUUGGAAGCCUAGAGCCGAAGACGACGGCCCGUAUUUGCUAUUGUACAAACUUUCGCACAUGUACACAAACUCUAGCCUGAGUUUCCAAUCGAUGAAAGGCUCAGACCGCCCCCGUAUGGCUGAACUCCAGGCAGCCUGUGAGGAACUAGGCUUCAACCUUUACUUAGGAAACGUAGAGCGAGAAGUUACGGGUUCAUGCGAUGAUUACACAAAUUCUCAGGGCUAUUAUGAGAUCCAGGAUACUAUUGAUGAUAGCACCAUGAUGAAACAGGUAAUCGACUCGCAAGGGAAUCCCGUGUGCGGCCAGAUCCCUGUUAGGAAUUCGGAGUAUAUCCAAAUGAAUGUCCUACGUGGAAUCCCUACGGAUGAGGAUUUCUCGGGGUAUACAGGAAACGAAGGCACAUCUGUGUGUCACUUCUAUCGAAAUACGGCUGUCGUUAUCGUUCCCAAAAGACUUGAUGUUUAUUUUCGCUUUCGAGGCAUAAAUGGAAGCAAUCAGGAGGAACUGGCAGCCUGGCUCAACAGGCUGUUGCCGCUAAUACGGGAUUCUGAAGAUACCGAAUCACGCGAGGAGUUCAACCGCCUUGUAGAGCUGGUUCUGGAACACAAUGAAGCCUACGAAAAAUACCAUGCAAUCUCGAGACCUGGCUGGCGCGUAAGCAGUACCUUCAGGUAUAAAUUCUGCGAUACUGUCCUUAGUAUCAUAGCCCAAGGUCUCCACACGAUCGGGAAUAAUGAAUUAUUCGAAAAAACGAUAAAACUCCAUGGAGCUUUCGUUUCUCCAGAGGUCUACCCAUGCAUCGCAGAGAACUUGGUUGGCCAGGAAUACGCAAUUGUGAAGAAAGCGUAAGUUUGCAUGAAAAAGUUGAUCUCCCGAUUACUAAAUUUUUCAUACUGAGAAACUCAGACUUAAUUAUAUCUUCCUACAAGCUCGGGAUCACCCAGCAAAACAAGUCGUGGUGGCAACUGAUCUUGUCUCAGCUUGCAUUGGCAUUCCAGACGAAAGAAGGCCAGCCGAAUGGGUUGAUUUGCUAUGUUGGCGGGAGCAAAAACUUGCCGGGCUUCUACCAAGACUCCGGAAUGGUACUCGGGAUGAAGUAGACUCUAUAGUCCGUAUACUCACGUUAUACCCGACGAUUGAGAAACUUCAAGGGUGAGCUUACUGCAUGCCUUUUAAUCUUAUAUCGCGAACUUUCCUCUAACUUGCAUUUAAGUACAAUCACUUUACUACGACAGGUGGCCACUUGUGGUACUACGGCAUCUUGUCUAGCUAAACUAGGAACCUCAUAUUUAAAAGGACAUCUCUGUUUGGAAGGGUUCCGUGCGUUCUACCGAAGAACUUUCGAAGAUAUAGUCAAAGACCUCAACCUGGACCAGGGUCUCGAAGCAAAGCCCGUGACAAGUUUUGGGCCAUUCAGGACAAGCGUACAGUAUAAAUCCUCGGCCCUCAAGAGUGAAGAUUUGAUCAGUAUUUACGAACAGUGUCUUGAUCUCGAUAUACCCCUGUCCAUUCUUCAUGCUGGCAUUAUUCGUGCCAUUAAACAGUCUCAGUCGCUUAAAAUGGCUUUCCCCAAUAUAAUUGUUCCUUUCCUUCGGGGUAUAGUUUCAGGCUUGCCGGGUCGAACUGGCCAUAAACAGGGAUCC